AGCGAUUCGUCAUGACGGGCCAACAACCCUCCGUCUCGGUCUCGUCCACCACGACGCAGAGUGAGAAGAAAGUAUGGUACCACAGCACGCUGUUCAAUGCCUUCAUUAUUGGAGGAGUGGGCUUCAUGGCCCCCGGUCUGUGGAAUGCGAUGAAUUCCCUGGGUGCUGGCGGUGCGCAGUCGCCGUAUUUGAUUAACGCCGCCAAUGCGCUGGUGUUUGGUCUCAUGGGAUUUCUGUGUCUCUUCGGCGGUCCCAUUGCGAAUCGCAUUGGAUUGAACUGGACGCUGUUACUGGGUGCGGUCGGAUAUCCCAUCUACUCGGCUGCCUUGUAUACGAACAACCGCUAUGGAAACGUGUGGUUUGUGCUGGUUGGAUCCGUCGCAUGCGGAUUAUCAGCGGGCCUGUUCUGGGCUUCUGAAGGUGCUGUGGCACUUGGGUAUCCAGAGCCAUCCAAACGUGGCAGAUACAUGAAUAUCUGGCUGUGGUUCCGGACUGGAGGCCCUUUGGUGGGCGGAGCCAUUCUUCUCGCUCUCAAUCACUCCGCCGAUGCAAAGAGCAAAGGCAAAGUCGGCUCACAGUCCUAUCUCAUCUUCGUCGCCUUGCAAUGUCUCGCGACGCCUCUGGCAAUCUUCCUCUCGCCACCUGAGAAGGUUCAGCGGAGCGACGGGAGUAAAGUGAAAAUCGUUGUGCAGGAGUCGUGGCGCGCCGAACUGCGAGAGCUUUGGAAAUUGUCUUGCCGGAAAGAGGUUGCUAUGAUGUUGCCCAUGUUUUGGGCAGCGUAUUUCAACCAAUACUCGUCAAACUUCCAAGCUUAUUACUUUGGCGUACGAGCCCGUGCUCUGAUCGGAUUCGUCAGCAAUUUCUCCAAUCUUCUCUCCUCGGGAAUCAUCAGCCGAUUCCUAGACUACAAGGGAUUGUCCGUCAAGAAGCGCAUCACAUAUGGUUUCUACUACGUGGUCGUCAUCCACAUCAUCGCCUGGGUCUACGCCUGGGUGGUCCAAGAGAAAUACACCGCCAACCCGCCAUCCUACGACUGGACCGACAAAGGCUUCGUGGAGGGAUUCUUCGUCCUGAUCCUAUGGGGUUUCACUCAACAGGCCCUGCAGAAUUUGCUGUACUAUCUCCUCUCGACGAUGACGGAUAAUAUCUCCGAGCUGUCCCGGUUAUCCGGUAUUCUGCGCGGUCAGGAGAGUUUCGCGCAGGCCAUUUCCUUCGGCAUUAACACGCGCAACUGGCACGGGGGUAGAGUUCCUCUUGCGGUCAAUACUAUCCUUCUGGGAAUUGCGGUGUUCCCUACCUGGUUGGUCGUUAAGAACCAUACGCCGAUUGAGCAUGAUAAAGUCGCGCCCAGCGCAGUCCAAGACGAAGAGCAAGGCGUGCAAGAUGGCACGGUGGAGGCUUCGGGCAAGGGGGGUUAUGUGGUCGGGGAGACAACGAAAUAA